AAAUGAAAAAUGUUCUGUUCUAUUUUGUAUUGUUUUUAGAUAUGGGUGAUACGCUGGGUGUGGUAUGCGCUUUAUGUUGUUUUGUUUUCCCGCCAUUUAUCCUGCAGUCUGUCGGUCUAUUUACACCAAACUGGGUCAAGACCUCAGACUGCGAUACCAUAGGCCUUGUAUAUAGUUGCUGCUCCGGGGACAACAAUGACACGUGCAAAAAUACAAAUGGCGGUGACGAACUAGAUGCACGAGUCCUUGGCCUUGAGGCAACGGCAUUUGCCGUUAUGUUCUUGGCAAUAUUUGGGACUAGCUAUGAAUCCUGCUGCAGCGGAGAUGACGACGAGGACACGGGCUGGUGUGGCCUCAUAGGUGGAUGUUGUUUAAUGAUGUUUCCGGUUGCAGGAUUGUUCAGUUUCAUCGGAUGCAUGAUCAUUGCCGGAAGUUAUUCCACGUCUGAGCUUGGUUGGUCAUUUUACCUCUGCCUCACUUCCGGUUGUCUGAUUAUCAUCCUGACUGUAUGCCUUUGUUAUUGUUUCUGCAAGGUUCUCAAGAAUGACGACGACGACGACGGUACGUAUGUGAAAUAACACAAAGUAGUCUUG